UAUAACGGAACCGGAAAUACGUAGUAUGCUGCGUACUUACACAUCCGCGGCGCUCUAGUGUUUGUAUUAAUGAAUGUUUAAGCGGUAUUUGGAAACACUGCGAAACGGCCUGGCGUACAGGUCCAGUGCCUAUCCCCCUACAACAGGAGGGUGAUUUCGGAAGGCUGAGAGACUUUGCCUGGCGUUCAAAACGGAGUCGCCAACAACGCUCGUGCAACAAUGAGCUCGGGACAGCCGAGCGACAAUGACGAACCCGAAGAGCCGCGCGCUGUCUGUGUUCGCGAGCCGGACGACGAUCCGCUGCAUGAGGAGGAGGAAGACACCGAUGAGGACCGGGCUUUAACGAGAACCGCAUCACCUCAAGCGGGCCGCAAGAGUGCCGGUGAUUCGGGCAGCUCGAGGCUCGAGUUGGGCGGGACGGGCAGGGGCUCGAGCGCCAGCGACUCGCUGUUCUCUUGGAUCUCCAGGAGGACGAUACGCACGGGGCCGUUUGUAGACCCAGCGCGCGAUCAUUUUCGUAUCAUGACACGGCUUUAUUCGUCCAUGAGUCCGGCCACGGAUUCGGUUAAUCUCAGUACACAGACGCACGGGGCUGUCUUUAACCUGGAGUACUCCCCGGACGGGUCGGUUUUGACGGUUGCUUGUGAACAGACAGAGGUGCUGUUGUUUGACCCCGUUUCCUCCAGACAUAUCAAAACACUGGUGGAGGCUCAUGAGGACUGUGUCAACAACAUAAGGUUUCUUGACAACCGGCUGUUCGCGACCUGCUCUGAUGACACCACUAUUGCACUGUGGGAUUUGCGAAAACUCAACUCGAAGGUGUGCUCCCUGCAUGGCCACGCCAGCUGGGUCAAGAACAUAGAGUAUGACACACACACGCGCCUGCUCGUCACAUCUGGAUUUGAUGGAAAUGUCAUUACCUGGGAUACCAAUAGGUUCACAGAAGACGGCUGCCCCCACAAAAAGUUUUUCCACACACGCUAUCUAAUGCGGAUGCGUCUGACUCCAGACUGCAGUAAGAUGUUGAUCUCCACCUCCUCUGGUUACCUGCUCAUCUUACAUGAUCUUGACCUGACCCAGAGCCUUGAGGUCGGGAGCUACCGCAUGUUACGGGCCCGCAGAGCUCCACUCGGUACAGAAGGUUCAUCAGCAGGUUCCAGGUCAGGAGGUACUCGUCACACCACUGACGGCAAAGCUCAUCCGCACAGAGAGGGUUUAUCACCGAGGAACAGUCUAGAGGUUUUAACCCCAGAGAUCCCAGGUGAGAGGGAUCGGGGGAACUGCAUCACCUCCUUGCAACUCCAUCCUAAGGGCUGGGCCACACUGUUACGUUGCUCCAGCAAUAUGGAUGACCAGGAGUGGACGUGUGUAUACGAGUUUCAGGAGGGAGCGCCACCUCGACCCCCGGUGUCUCCUCGCUGCUCUCUGCGUCUCACGCACUACAUCGAGGAGGCGAACGUUGGCCGCGGCUACAUUAAGGAGCUGUGCUUCAGUCCCGACGGCAGACUCAUUUGCUCGCCGUACGGUUACGGUGUACGUCUGCUGGCGUUCGACGAGAACUGCGCGGAGCUGGCAGAUUGCAUGCCCGUACGGACGGCUCUGCUGCGCGAGGUCCGCUCCAUUUACUCUCAUAGCGACGUGGUGCUCACCACAAAGUUUUCACCCACUCAUUGUCAGCUGGCGUCAGGGUGUCUCAGUGGACGUGUAGCACUGUACCAACCACACUUUUAACCAUGAACAGAUUGACUAGAAUUUGCAUUCAUUGUGGAACUAUAUCCUGUACCUGUUACAAGACAAAUGUUGAUGGUUGAUAAUGGGAGGAGGACGCUUAAGCCGGAUUGUGUGAUUUCUGUUGGGUCACAGCAUUGUGGAUACAUGUGUCAAUUUUAGAUGUAUUGUUCUUUACACUGUGUAAACACUAUAAGUUAAAAACGUAUGCAGUAAUGAAAGAUGAUGGCAUUAGUAUGGAGGUGAAUGUUAGAUGAUUGUGAAACAUGUUUCUUGUUUGUUCAUUCAUGCAGUAAUGGCUUAAAGGAAUAGUCUACUCAUUUUCAAUAUUAAAAUAUGUUAUUACCUUAACUAAGAAUUGUUG